AUGUCCUUGAUGUUUGGAAAAGGGAAGACUAACCUUGCUGCAGCUGCUGAGAGGAGUCCUGCUGAGUGCAACCUGGUGCUGCUCGGGGUGAUGGGCGCAGGGAAAUCAGCACUGGUUGUUAAAUUCCUAACGAAACGCUUCAUCAGUGAAUAUGACCCCAACCUAGAGGAUAUUUAUUCAUCAGAAGUGAUUGUGGACCAGCAGCCAGUCAUAGUGAGAGUGAUGGACACUUGUGACCAGGAGGGUCCUGUGAACAGUGAGCGUUACCUGUCCUGGGCCAGCAGCUUCCUCGUAGUCUACAGCAUCGAUAACAUGGAGAGCUUCGAGGGCUGCCAGCAGUACCUGGAGAUACUCGCCCUUCACAAAAAAACCUUCAAGCCAGAAACUCCCAUCAUCCUGCUGGGGAACAAGCUGGACAUGGACAGAUACAGGCAGGUGAGUAAGUCUGAUGGUGAGGCCCUCGCCUCUCGUUACGGUUGUUUGUUCUACGAGGUGUCGGCCUGUCUGGACUUCCGUUCCGUGCAGCAUGUCUUCUACGAGGCGGUGAGGAGGGCGAGGCGGGACGGAAAGCGUGGCUGUCUGGUUCCGGCUGUCUACAUCAGCGAGGACAGAGCACUCCUCAAUCUCUCCUCGGCUCCCACCUUCACCACCCCCUGUUACAAGGAGCUGCCAGCCCCCGCCACAGCCAAGCUGGUCACCGUGAAAACAUCUAGGGCCCAGAGCAAACGGCGGGCCGCCACACUCACCCUCCUCAAAGGCUUCAAGAUUUUCUGAUCCCCUCCCCUUCAUCCUCUCCACUGACACUGUACUAGAAUAACACUGUGAAAGACUAUUGAGAUCAUGUGGGAGAGUAGAAAAAACUGAAAAACAAUGAUCACUGUACGUUUAGCUACAUAUGAGGUGGACACAAUAACGCAGAUGGAUGACAAAUUAUAGAAAAACAUAAAUAAAUGAGUGGAAAACAUUCACAAAUAGAGCUUCACUGAGUGGUUUGAUGAGUAUGACAAUCAUAUGCUAUUAACUUCACCGUCACCAUAUUUCAACCCAACUGAACACCUAUGGGAGACUUCGGAGCAAUGGUCACAGUAGACUUUUACACUCUGUCUACGGGUACUGAAGCUGCUCUGGAGGCUCCUGCUGUACGAACACCCCCACAUACAGACACUGUAUGUCAGUUUUACCUCUAAGUAGUCACAACCCAGUACUAUGGGGUGUGACAGUCAGAAAACAGAGGGGAAGGAAAUGCUUGAAUGCUGUCAAUGAAACUAAGAGUUGUGAAAAUCGUGUUGAAGAGAGAAACUGGCAAAACAGAGGAUGGACCGGAGACUAUAAGGAUCUGACAGGGGAGAAGACCACAGAAGAGGACUGGCAGUGACUGAUGAGUGCUGGCAGGAAUCCGUGGCAUGGUCAGGGAAACUGGAAGAAAAUGGCACACCACAACACCCGGAAGGCAAAGAUACACAGUGAGGCAAGCAGAAAAAAUGUGGAUCCUUUUGAUUUUUUGGCCGACAAAGUCAAAGCAGAGGUGGAAAUUACAACUCACUUUGCUGUUACGAAUUGCUUUGUUCAAGUCAGUACAAAGACCUGCUGUCACUACCUACAGCAUGUGUAGUUCAUUCAUUUUUUACGCUACCUUAAGUGAUCACAUCACUGUUCAAAAAAUCAUGACAUUAAAGGAAAAUGUAUUUAACUAUGACCAU